GCAGAUGUACCGCUGUGAACACUGUGAUGAGCUCUUCACAUCAAAGCUGGAGUUACGGCGGCAUCAGAAAUACUCCUGCAGUUGCAGCAACUCGAUGUUUGACUCACUAAGCGAAGACUUCAAACAGGAGCGCGAAGACAGCGAUGAGCCGGUGCACGAGUGCAAAGACUGUGAAAAGAUCUUCCCUAGCGAGUACAGUCUCGGGCAGCACAUGAUCGUACACACAGACGAGAGAGAGUAUAAGUGUGACCUGUGCCCCAAAGCUUUCAACUGGAAAUCCAACCUCAUUCGCCAUCAGAUGUCACAUGACAGUGGCAAGCGCUUUGAGUGUGAAAACUGUGAUAAGGUGUUCACAGACCCCAGCAACCUCCAGCGCCACAUCCGCUCUCAGCACAUCGGUGCCCGAGCCCACACCUGCCCUGAGUGUGGCAAGACCUUUGCCACCUCCUCGGGCCUCAAGCAGCACAAGCACAUACACAGCAGUGUCAAGCCUUUCAUCUGUGAGGUGUGUCACAAAUCGUAUACCCAGUUCUCUAACCUGUGCCGUCACAAACGGAUGCAUGCAGACUGCCGCACCCAGAUCAAGUGUAAAGACUGUGGGCAAAUGUUCAGCACUACCUCCUCCCUCAACAAGCAUCGGCGCUUUUGCGAGGGCAAAAACCAUUAUAAUCCCGGAGGCAUAUUCACAACGGGCAUACCAAUGACAUCCAGUCCCAUUUUAGGCAAGUCCAAGUCUCAUCAUGGCGUGAACCAUAGUGGACUUGGCUUCGGUGAUUACUUUCCAUCCAGGCUGCUGCAUCAUGCAGGUUUGCCCUUUUCCCCAGCACCCUCUGCAUUCCCAGCCCUUUCCCAUGGCUUCCCAGGGAUUUUCCCCCCAUCACUAUAUCCUAGACCGCCAUUGUUACCUCCUAGUCCACUGCUCAAGAGCCCAAUUAGUAACAGUCAAGAUGGGAAGCUGCCUCCUCUUGAUGCUCCUACUCUUUCUGCGGUCGCAUCCAUGAACAACAGCAAUGGCAAUGUAGGAAGCGGUCUCAGCAGCCAGUCAGAGGACAAUCGAGAGUCCAAACUGGACUUGUUGUUCCACGACAACAAGAAUAAAGUGAAGAUGAACGACAUGUCUGAUGGUAGUGACUUGGAAGAUGUGAACACAUCUAGCGGCACAGAUCUAGACACCACCACUGGCACAGUGUCUGGCUCAGAUCUAGAAAGUGAGGCAGAGAGUGAACGGGAGAAGAGCAGGAGGAAACCAGUGCAGGAGAGCAAGCAGGACGAAGUGAGCAGCAGUUUAGUAUCUGUCUCCAGUUCAGGGAACCUCCCUUGCGAGCGUCCUUUCCUCUCCUCCCACCAUUCCUUUUUCCCACCGCCAGAAGAGCAAGCACUUCCACCCUCCGGGGCCACCACUGACUCCAUUAAAGCCAUUGCCUCCAUUGCAGAAAAGUAUUUUGGCUCAGGCUUCAUGGGCUUGCAGGAGAAGAAAAUGGGCUCCUUAAACUACCAUCCCAUGUUCCCUUUCCAGUUUCUGCCCAACUUCCCACAUUCCUUGUACCCAUUCACAGACAGAGCACUCAAUCCUGGCAUGUUCUUCAAACCUGAGCCUAAAUCCCCUCGUGAGCACAUACAGAAAUUACCUACAGCCACUGGUGCGGAUUCACCCUUUGACCUAACCACCAAACCCAAGGAGGUCAAACCUCUUCCUCCACCCCCCAGCAAGCCAGCCUUGCCAUCCAAUACCCCCUUGGCCCCUGGUGAGGAACAACCUCUGGACCUCAGCAUUGGCAGUCGAAGCCGAGCCAACCAGAACGGUGGCACACACGAUCAGCGCAAGAAUCACGUCUAUGGCACAAACUGCAAAGCAGCUAAAGAUGAACACUUAGCACUAACUCAGUCCCAGAACUUGCACCAGCCCCAGAUGCCUCAGCCGCAAGCAUCCCUUCCACAGCCACCUCCUCCCCAGCAGCAGCCGUCAUUCCACUAUGCCAAGCCCUCGCCAUUCUUCAUGGACCCCAUCUACAGGGUGGAGAAGAGGAAGCUAAUAGACCCAGUAGGAGCUCUAAAGGAGAAGUACUUGAGGCCAGCACCACUACUUUUCCAUCCUCAGGUGUCUGCGAUGGAAAACAUGACUGAGAAGUUGGAAAGCUUUAGCGCUCUGAAACUGGAUGCUCCCAAUUCCCUCCAGCACUCCUCACACCACCUUUUUAACUUCCGCUCCCCGCCUCCUUCUCUCUCCGAUGCUAUCUUACGCAAAGGCAAGGAGCGAUACACCUGCAGGUACUGUGGGAAAAUCUUUCCCAGGUCAGCUAAUCUUACAAGGCACUUACGAACACACACAGGAGAACAACCCUACAGAUGUAAAUACUGUGACCGUUCAUUCAGCAUCUCCUCCAACCUCCAGCGACAUGUUCGUAACAUUCAUAACAAGGAAAAGCCGUUCAAGUGCCACCUUUGCAAUCGCUGCUUUGGUCAACAGACCAAUCUGGACCGCCACUUAAAGAAACAUGAACAUGAGAAUAUUCCAGUGAGUCAGCAGUCUGGGAUCCUCUCAAAUUUAGGAACAAAUAUUUCCUCACCGAACUCUGAGUCUGACAAUCAUGCACUUUUGGAUGAGAAGGAGGACUCGUAUUUCUCAGAGAUUAGGAACUUCAUCUCCAAUAGUGAGCUGAACCAGGCCUGUAGCUCCUCGGAGAAAAGGCCAGAGCAGACGGAGGACGAUCAGCCUCAGAGUCACACUCAUGCCACCUCAAAACUGGCGGAGGAAGAUGAGGAGAUGGAGGGAGAUGAUGAAGAUGAGGAAGGCUCGUUGACAGAAAAGUCACAGGACGAGACGGCCUCUCCCGUCACUAUGGUGCAGGGCACUUAUGACGAGGACGAGGAGCCCACCCCUCUCCCUAUGUCUUACGAACACACGCGCAGGCUUAUGCAAUGAUGCUCUCUCUGUCUGAGAACACCAAUCUGCAUUCAUCCUCCCAGAACUCCUUGGAUGCCUGGCUCAACA